AAGAUCUCACAAAACCUUCACCUAGACGUAGAAAAGAUACAAAAGCUUCGAGCAAAGAAUUGAUGCCAGCAAAUUUAAAGGACUGGAAUGUUGUACAGUCCAAGGGAACAUUUUUUCUCGAUGAGGACGGUGACAUCGUCAAUCAUGUCUACAGCCUAAGUCUACCUCAGGACUCUGAUAUGUGGAUCACCAUGCAACACCUGAAGAUUGGAGAAUCAGGAGAGUCUCUGGAUGGCACAGUAACAGACACAGCCUUGUUAGUUCUGAAAAAAGAUGGAACCUCAUUGGUAGCUUUUACAGAAAACAAGGACAGCAAGGGCAAAUACAGCUUAAGGUGCAGCUUGCGUGCAGGAACCUACAUUCUCAUUCCAUUUACUACUGGCUGUAGGCUCAAGCUCAGAAAAGAUAUGCCUACUAAAGAGGCAAAACUUAUCAGCAAGGACACAGAUGGCAGAGUAAACCUUACUAGAGCUUUCCGAAAAGGCCUGGAAGAGAUUUUCACCAUGGUUGAUUUGGAUGGAAAUGGACUUCUUAGUAGGAGUGAGUUUAACUGGUAUAACUUGCGUACAAGUGGUGAAGAAGUUGGAGAUGAUGAGUGGCAGGUUGUGGAAGACAACAUAGAGCUUGAAAAUGGGGAGAUCACCCUGAAUGGUUUUAUUAAGCUGAAUGAAAUGGAAGCAGACGACAAUGAAGGUGACACUGAUGAUGCUUGGGUGACUAUGACAAGUAUGGGCUUCAACAAGAGUCUCAUCCUUGAUGAGGCAUGUCCAUUUAUGUUGAAGAUUUACAGCCAUGAUUGUGCUGACACAAGACUAAGAGUCAUUGGUUUAAAAUCAUGUAAAGACAAGAUCGACACUGCAAUCUGUGCAUUUGUUAUAGCCAAGGGUGAGCCCAUGAAAGUAAAGAACAUGAAAGAUCUGACACUGUACCAGUAUGUGAAUGACCACAGAGGAAUCAUUGUUGUGGACAAUAAGUCAAAGUCCAAAAUUGAAAUACAGUUAGACUGCAGUAGAAGCAGAAAUGUGGUCAGUCAUACUGGAUCCCUACUCACCACAGUUACAGUUUUGCCUCAGUCUUCAGUGGUUGGCCACUGUCUUCUGCCAUUAGAUGACAGCAAAGAAUUCAGAGUGGAGUGUGAAGAGAGCAUUCUAACUUAG